AUGAAUUCAUGUGGAAUGAAACCCAAAAAUAGAGAGAGUGUAUUUAGACACAAGAAUGAAUUUCUACAGAUAUUAAGGUAUUAUAAAGAUAAUGUUCCAAAGUUUAAUAGUUCACAACUCCGGGAUGCUUUGGUGUACGAUGCCAUGUUGGAAGCAGCAAAGCAUGGAAAUGUUGAGUUCAUAAAUGAUAUGAGGGAGGCCAACCAUGACCUCUUAUGGGCAAUGGACAAUCAUGGAAGAGACAUAUUUUCAACAGACAUGUUUGGCAACAACCUAUUGCACUUGGCGGCACAUUUAGGACCUUUGUCCGAUCUGAAUCUCAGACCCGGUGCUGCUCUGCAAAUGCAAAGAGAAAUUCAAUGGUUUAAGGCGGUGGAGGAAGUUGUGCAUCUCAAAUGUAAAGAAGCCAUAAAUGACGAGGGUAAGAAGCCUGAAGACAUUUAUUGA